ACUUGUCCAAAGCCACACGGGCAAGCAAGUGGAAGAGGUAGGAUUAGAACUCAGGUCCUUUCUGCAUCCCACCUGGUCAUGCUGGUUCCCCCGGGGCCCGGAGAGCACAGCCAGCCUGGAUGGAGAGGUCCAGCAUGAUGUUCCAGAUCCCUCUGCCCCUGGACCGGGAUGGGACCUUGUUCCGGCUCCGCUUCACGGUGCUGGCGGUGGGGACGGUGUGCUGUCCGCUCUUCGGCUUCUCCUUCUGUGUCUUCUGGUCCUUGCUGUUCCACUUCAGGGAGACGACGGCCACACACUGUGGGGUGACCCCCGGCGCCAUGCUGCCCGCCACCUCGUUCCCGUUGGACCCGGACGGGACGGUGUUCCGCCUGCGCUUCACCUCCGUGGCCCUCUUGGUCGCCUUCUUCCCCUUCUUCGGCUUCUUCUUCUGCCUCGUCUGGUCCCUGACCUUCCACUUUGAGUACACCGUGGCCACCGACUGUGGGGUGCCCAACUAUUUGCCGUCGGUGAGUUCGGCCAUCGGGGGUGAAGUUCCCCAGCGGUACGUCUGGCGGCUGUGCAUCGGCCUGCACUCGGCGCCCCGCUUCAUGGUGGCCCUCGCCUACUGGAACCACUACCACAGCCGCCCGUCCCCCUGCCUCGGCUGGGCCCAGCUCUGCCACCUCAACUUCGGCCUCAACGUGCUGGAAAACUUGGCCCUGCUCAUGCUCACCUACGUCUCGUCCUCCGAGGAUUUCGCCAUCCAUGAGAAUGCCUUCAUUACCUUCAUCGCGGCCGCCCUGAGCCACAUGCUGCUCACCUGCAUCCUGUGGCGGCUGACGAAGAAACACACAGUAAGUGUGGAGGAGCGCAAGUCGUACAGCUGGAAGCAGCGGCUCUUCGUUAUCAACUUUGUCUCUUUCUUCGUGGCCUUGGGCGUCUACUUCCGGCACAACAUGUACUGUGAGGCGGGAGUGUACACCAUCUUCGCCCUCCUGGAGUACAUGGUGGUGCUGUCCAACAUGGCUUUCCACAUGACCGCCUGGUGGGAUUUCGGCAACAAAGAACUCCUCAUUUCCUCACAGCCUGAGGAAAAGCGCUUCUGACCUCCCCAAUCUGGGGGUGUGAGGUGGGGAGCAGCCAGAGGGAACAGACCCAUUUAGUCUGGGCCCUCGCACCCUCACAUCUUCACCCUUGGCUAACUGCAGGGUGGGGCAGAGUGGGGAGAGCUACCCC